UUGUUUUCGGCUGGCAAAGAUAAAAGCGCCUGUGUGUGGUACAUCGAGAACGGUGAGCGUAUUGGCACAUACGAUGGGCACGGUGGCGUUAUCUGGGACAUCGAUGUGUCCUGGGACACCACGCGUCUCUGCUCCGCUUCCGGUGACGUCUACGUUAAGCUAUGGGAUUCGGAGACAGGCGUUGCGAUCACUUCAAUAGCAACGCCAACCUCGGCGCGAUCGAUCAGCCUCUCCUACAGUGCGAAUCUCGUCGCUUUUACUACAAUUAAAAUGACACAAAAUAUGGCUUCACUGUGCGUCUACGAUAUACGAGAUGCUCAGCAGCUGAAAGGAGAGCAGCCGUUAUUUAGGAAGUCACUUCAGACACAGGCAUUUUCUUGUGUCUGGACACACCUAGACGAUACGCUGUGCAUUGGUAAUGAAAAAGGAAAUUUGCAUCAGUACGAUAUACGAAAAGGAGUUGGCAGUGAUGAUGUAGUGAAUUUCAAUGACGAAGCACACAAAUUUCAAAUCAAUGAUAUGCAAAUGAGCGCUGAUGAAAGCUUUUUGAUAACGGCAUCAAAAGACAAAACCGCUCGCUUAUUCGAUGCAAGGACCCUGGACUGCCUGAAAACAUACAAAGCGGAGCGGCCGGUCAAUUCAGCGGCAAUUUCGCCAAUCAGGGAUCAUGUGAUUUUGGGUGGUGGUGAAGAGGCGAUGAAAGUAACGCAAACAACUGCUGCGUCCGGACAUUUUGAAGCGAAAUUAUAUCACUUGGUGUUUGAAGAGGAGUUUGCGCGUUUCAAGGGACAUUUCGGCCCUAUAAAUACUUUGGCAUUCCAUCCAAGUGGUAAUUCGGUUGUUUCUGGUGGCGAGGACGGUUACGUUCGUAUACAAGAAUUUGAUGCUGAUUAUAUGAAGUUUGAUUAUGAUUUGUAAUU